UACUCCAAAAGUCCGCGAUGGAUUUGAAUGACAUUUUAUGGAGGGGUGGGGUGUGGCAAAAUGAACAAUCCAUCAGAUUUGUUUUCUAGGUAGUUGUCUGUAGCUCUGAUCUUGAGCUUACUUCUAAUCGUGACAACACAUCACCACAAACUGCAGAACAUGAUAUUGGCCUUCAAAACCCAACUUUGCAGACUUGCCUUUCCCAACUAAAGCUGGCCAUGUUUUCAUUUCCUACUUGAUACCAUUUUAUUCUAAUCUUUUCUUUCAUUUGAUUCUUAGGUUUGUUUCUGUCUGUAUUAAAGAGUUGACUGCUUGUUUUUUAUUUUCUAAUUUUCUCUACAGUAUGUGAAGCAUCUUUGAGAACCUUGAAAAUCUCUAUAUAAAUCUGAUGUAUUAUUAUUAUUUCAAAACUGUAAAUUCUGUGGAAAGCACUGUGUAUGGGAUAACUCCUCCUUUGGGAUCUGAAGCCAAAAAAUAUAGAAGUAGAUAAAGGAAGGAAACACAGAGACACACGGACAGAAAUGGGGAAGCAGUGACUACACAAAACUCACAAUCCUAUUCACGCUGCGCACAACAUCCAAACACAGAUUCCAAGAUGAAGUUUUUGCUGCUGUUGGUGAUGCUCCCAGCAUGUGCUGCAAUUCCUCGAGAUAUGUCAGGUAAAAUGUUCCUCUUCCCACAACAAACCACCACAGCUCGUGUGAGGCUGACUCCAUCAAAACAGGAUUUCAGUGCUGUAACCGUCUGUACCAGGUCCUUAACAGACCUCCGAAGAUCCCACUCCAUUUUUUCUAUGGCCACACCCACUAAUGAAAAUGCCUUCCUGAUUAUCUGGGACCACACACAAAAGGAUCUGGAGUCCCACAUCAAAAAUGUAAAGUCAGAAUAUCUGGGGCUGGACUACAAGCCGAACAUUUGGUACUCCAUUUGUAGCUCAUGGGACUCUGAGUCUGGAAUGGUGCAGCUGUGGUUUGAUGGACAACCUUUAGCUAGGAGAUAUGCCAUCUCUGGAUCAAACAUCACAGGAUCCCCUGUAAUUCUCUUGGGACAGGAGCAGGAUUCUCAUGGUGGAAGUUUUGACUUGGCUCAGUCUUUCGUUGGCAUGAUGUCUGAUGUCCACAUGUGGGACCACGCCCUUUCCUCCUGUGAGAUCCAGGAGUACGUGGAUGGAGUGAACUUCCCUCCAGGAAAUGUGCUCAACUGGAGUGCGCUGGAGUUCCAGAUAACAGACAGAGUGCUGAUAGAAGAUAAACAACCGAUCUGUUACUAAACUGUUAAAACAAAACUAUAAAAUGUCACACAAAGUCGAAAAUUGGGUCUUCUGUAAUGUAAAGGAUACCAUUUAUGUCAACAUUUUGUUGUAAAUCAUUUCUUAUAAAUAAAAAAGUGGUAUUUUAAUUGGAGCAUCUUUCCUGGUUUGUUCUAAUAAUGAUUUUUAACAUUAAAUGGCUGAAAAUCCA